CAAAAUGCAUAUCAUGAAGUGAAUGAAUUGCUAAGUACUUAAACCGGUUAUUUGCAAGUAGCUGGCUGUGCUGUUGGUCAGUUCGGUUAUAUUCUCUGGUGGACUCAUGGACUGAGAAUCGGACGAUAUUUUGGUUGGUGAGAAGUGUGCACAAGUAACUGGGUGCACAACCGUUUGCGCAGAGUCAUCGUCAUCUUAUUAAGGAAAGGAAGCAAAUUCAUCUUGUAUUCACCUACCAAAACUGCAAGAUGGGUGUUUUAACAAUUAUUGGAUAUGGAGUGGGUUUGAUUGUUCUGGGAAUUGGUUUAGUCAAACUUUAUUUCAAAAUGGUGGCUGGUGUAUGCAAAAGCAAGCGGAGGAUUGAUGGACAAGUUGCAAUUAUUACCGGAGCCAACAGUGGAAUCGGAUAUGAAACUGCCAAGGAACUUGCUCGACGUGGAGCUAAAGUGAUAUUGGCUUGUAGAAGUAUGGAUACUGCUGAAAAAGCUGCUGCAAAAAUCCGAAGUACAACUGGAAAUAGACAGGCAGUUGCAAAGAAACUUGAUCUCAGCUCUUUGCAAUCUGUGCGAGAGUUCUGCAGGGACAUAUUGAAGGAAGAAAGUCGCCUGGAUAUAAUUGUUAAUAACGCCGGGGUUGCUGGAUUACGACGAACUGUGGACAGUGACGGCAUGGAACUACAUUUCACUACAAAUCACUUUGGUCCAUUCCUAAUGACGAAUAUGCUUCUCGGAUUAAUGAAAAAAGGAAAGCAAGGCAGAAUUAUUAGUGUCUCGUCAUUGGCUCACAAAUGGACAAAAGAAUUGGACCUCGACAAUCUUAAUUCAGAAAAGAAAUGGGAACCAAAAUUGUUAUACGCCAGAACAAAAUUAGCCAACAUUCUAUUCAUGAAAGAACUUUCUCGUCGACUACAGGCAGCAGGAUUGAACGGAAUUCUUGCCAAUGCUGUGAAUCCAGGAGGAGUUCAGACAGCUAUAUUUCGGCAUGCUAGAAAAGCUUUCAAAUACAUGAUUAUGGUGUCGCAAUUCUUUUUCAAGACGCCUUAUGAAGGAGCACAGCCAUCAGUUCAUCUCUGCGUCUCUGAAGAUGUAGAAGGGAAGAGUGGAUUGUAUUGGACAGAUUGCAAAAUUUCCACUCCAUCAAAAUUGGCUGAAGACAAAGACCUAGCACAACGACUUUGGGAGCGUAGUGCACAGAUUGUAAAGUUGGCUCCAGAAGAAUAUCACUUGAAUUAGCGAAGUAACGUGUCUCGUAGUCUGCUCGUCGUUUAGCUUUACACAAAUAUUAAUUGGAUUUAUUUUUGCAGUUCUAUAAUUAUUACUAUUUUGUGUGCACUGAAAUCACAUUCCAAUUACCUGCAUUUUUAAAUUAUAGGAAUCUACACUUCGAACUAAUUGUGUUUUAUGUAGAUCAGAAGCAAAAUGUUUUCUCAUAAGUUGUUUUUUGCGCUUUUUCUGCUAAUUUAUAACAUUAAAAUUACAGAAAUACAAUUAAAAAUUAUAACCAUUCAUUCCCCAGUAUAACCAGGUGUCCAAUAAUAAAGUGAUAAAAAUUGUACUUUA